GUUUUCAGCUAAAAAUUAAUUUUUUUGGUUGCUAUAACCGCAUAACGUUAGCCGCCACACAGUCUAGUAAUAAGUAAAGUUCCGUGAUACGAACAUUAGACAUUAACCACCCUCAAUCCAGUUAAGGUUACCGCAGGUAGAUGUCACCACCCCCGUUAACCCCCAAUGUUCGAUUGGAUCAAAUCAAAAUAAAAUAACAAAAAAAAAUUGGAAAUUUGCAAAGAAAACGUAGUGAAGUGAUCUUGGCUGCAUUUUAUUAAAAACCGCUUCAUGGCUAAGGGUUAAGCUCAAUCAGCAUUCAACACUGAGCCGGCCUAAUAAAAAGAAUCAUGUCUAUAAUUUGUGAGGAGAUUUUUGAUGAGACUAGUCACCCUUCUUUAGAAGAAAUUAGGGACUAUGCGAUUAAAAUUGGUAUUGAUCCUGAUUCUGAGCCACAGCUUCUUCCACUUGCUACUGAGGGUUUAAUGAAAGCAUUGCCUGCAGGAUGGAAACCUUGCUAUGACGAUAAAACGAAAUCAUACUAUUACUACAAUCAAGUAAUCAAAAAGACGCAAUGGGAACAUCCCUUAGAUGAUGUGUACCGAGGUAUAGUUAAAAAAGUUAGAGCAGAAAGUCAGUCUUUAUCGCUAAAUGACCAGGCAGAAGACGCAACAUAUGCCAAAGAAGAUGAGUUGAAAAGUUAUGAAGAGAGUAUACACGUGACUAUUCCUCAAAAAUUGCAGCCAUUAUCUUUAGGUACAAAGAAAAAAGAUGUUAGACUUUCUCCUUUAAAACUAAGUCCCGCCCAUAGUCCAAAACAUGAAUCUAAAUUACUCAAACAGCGCUCUGAGGAUAUCCUUAUUGGAAGUAACAAAUUUCUUCACAAGUUUAGCAGUUUUGAUGAAGACAAUAGUAAAGAUAUUGGCAUGUUCGAUAAACACCCAAGGGCAUUGGAAAAAAUGGAACUUAAGGUCACAGGUGGUGGUGCAAUGUUUCUUAAAUCAAACACUAGAAAAGUCGAACCUAUUUCUAGUCCGGGCCAAAGAAGCGAAGGGCUAGAUUUGCCUAAAAGUAUUUUACGAGACCGUAGCAUUGAGCAUUCAAAAAGUAUGGACUUUGAUAAGGUUUCUCUGAAUGAUAAAUCUGACAAAGAUGACGAAGACAAAAAAAGUGUUCGUUUUAAUCUGGAUAAUAACACUACCGACGUAGGAAUCACCUUUUCUGACAAAAGCUCUAGUGAUGAAGAUCUAAAUAUUAGUGAUAAACAGCCAAAAGAUGAAAUGACAUUUGCAAAGAGCACACCCACCAAGAAUAGAUUUUCUGUGACAGCAGUAAUAGAAAAACCUACGCCAACCUUGAAGCUAAUUAAGUUACCGCCUGAAUUUGUUAAGCCUAAGCUGACCAUUAAUACAGGAUCUGACUCUGAUGAAGACACAAAGAGUUUAGAAAAAUUAGAACUAAAAACAUUGGAAGAUAUGUUCGAUAGUGAUAGUGACGAUAGGCCAGAUGUAAACGCCAAGGCGAAACUGGAAAGGAGAGCUGACAAAAAAAUUGCCGAUAUUAAACAGAGGUUAUGGGAAGAAAAAAAUGAAGAGCUGAUCAAUUUUAAAACUAAACUAGACGAAUCACAUAGAACCGAGUUAGAUAGGAUCUUGGAGGAUGAAAAAUCAAGGCAUGAAAAAACUACAAAGACUGAAUUAGAUAACCUUAAAGCCGAACUGGAAAAUAGGACCAAAGAGGAAAGACUGAAUAUUGAUAAGGAAGUUAAGAAGUUAACAGAAGACAUAGAAGAGAAGCUCAAAGAUGAGAAGCACACCAUAAUUAACCAUUUUGAGGCUAAGAAAGAAGAGUUAGAAAAAUAUUACGAGGAUAAACUUGUGGAAAUCGAAAAGGAUUUAGCAGAAAAAGUUGAAAAGCAAAAGGACGAGCUCAUUUUUAAUCAUAACGCAGAUGUCGAACAGCUGAAACAAAACCAUCUAAUUUUGAUCGAGGAACUUAAAAGAGAGUUCAAAGUUGAGGAGCAAAUACUUAAACAAGAACAUCAAAAAACAAUGACUGAACUAAGGCAGAAAUUGGAAGAGGAUUUGGAGCAAAUGAAGGGCAAACAACCGUGUGACGAGAAGCAAUUUGAAAAAUUGCGAUGCGAGAAGCGUUUGCUGGAAGACAAGUAUAGGUGCCUUAAGGAGAAAUAUAUAAGAUUAAAGACCGAAGUUAAAUUGUCAUUAGAAAAGAGACGAGGGAAAAAGGAUCAAACGAGUACCAAUACGACCAAUACUACAACAACGGACUCCACUGAGCAGACCAAUUCGAAUAAUAAAGAAAGGACCCCUUUAAAUUCGCCAUCGAGAAAAUUUGCUGAAAAGCCACCGACUCCUGGUCAGUCGGGUAAAAUUGAAUCAAAGCUGGCGAAAAUUCAAGACUUGGACACGUCUGUUAGUGAUAAUUGUUAUCAGAGCGAUGAAAAGGCCAACCAGAAUGACUCGUCCGAUAGCGUUAAUCCGGGAAGGAGUAGAAAAAAAUUAUUUUCCAGGCUUAAAAGCUCCUCAACUUCAAGAAUCAACUUAAACUCAAAGUCAAGAAAGAAUCAGCAAAGAUCGUGUUCUCCGGUCGAAAAUUUGCGAAAACAAUUACAAAAACUUGAAGACUUGGAGGAUCAGUUUCCUCAAAACUCACAGUGUGAUACAUAUCACUUGAGAUACCCAUUUUCUGACGGCCAAAAGUUCGAAGGUAGUUCCGAAUUAGAGUUUUUUCGCCACAGGAUUCAUCUAGAAAGAGAUUCGAUUAAAAGGGCAAAAGAAAGCCUAAGAAGCCAGAAAGCGCUUUUUCAACAGAGGCAAAAAGAACUUAAAUUAAAACAUGGUUCGAUGGCUAGACACACUUUACAGCAACUUUGUCAAGAAGAAAAGGAGUUGACUGAUAUGGAAGUAAACUUACACCGCACUAGAAGUCUUUUAGGGGAAAAAGUUAUAAGACUGCGUCAUUUAGAACAAUCGCUUCACAGGGCAAAUGCUCAAAACGACCAGAGUAAACUUGAUGAUGCUACCCUAAGCGACAUAUCUUCUCAUAGCGCAAGUUCUGGUAUCAGCUCAACCGAAUUUGCCGCAGCUGAGGGUGGUGCGUACAAGGCGAUAUCGAAGACUGACUUUCAGGAACCUUCAGAAAUUAUUCAAAGUUUGGAAAACCUAAAUUUGGAAAUUCGGGAGAUUUGGGAUGUUUUAAGGACUCAGCAUCACCAAACCAGUAUUGCUCAAGUAAUUCCUCCCUUGGUUUACCCCGAUCUGGGGUGGCCGGUUUUGGCAGGAACAGCCAGCGUUCCGGCGCCCCCUUCCAUCCCCACUUUGGCUGACAGACUGCACAACUAUAGACAGCAUGUUGCCCUGGCCAAUGCACAGAGUACCGUUGUUACACACGCCUCUCAGGGAGCGACAACAACUCUAAUUGAACGAACCAGAAAUCUAAGGCAUUGGCUUAGGCAAAACGGUACUGAGCCUAGUGUUGAAGGAAAUCCUUCGCAGACAAAUCUUUGAAAUGUUUCUUUAUAUGUUUUAAGUUAAGGCUACCAACAAAUAUUGAGAAUUAAAUAUGAGCUUGGUGCAGUUGA